AUGAAAAAGAGCAAUACCGCCAACACAAUUCUGUCUUCAUUGCCGACCAGCCCCACCAUGUCGGCCCAUCAUAGUUAUGUCGGCAGCAAGGCCAGCCUGCAUAGCAGUCGUUCCAGCCGCUCCUCACUGAAUCACACAACGGCCAAUACCAAAAGUAAUAAAAUCGAUUUGGAGAUUGAAACCAUAUUGGAAAAGGCCAAAUUCUAUACAUCUGUAUGCUUGGGUACCACAGCCAUUUUAUCGGUUUUCACAUUUCUAUUUCUGAUACCAUUCGUUGUUGAUCCUGCUAUUUCGACCAUAAUUGCCGAUUAUGAUCCGGUACCGGUUACCUGCAUUGUCAUCGAUCACAUUCAGGCUGCGGGCAUUAAAAACUGCACAUGGAGUUCAUGCCGAGAGGGUUGUACAUCAUCGCCCAACAAAUGUCAUCAAUUGUAUGUGAAUUACACGCGAAUACCGUUUGCUGAAUGGGAGAAAAAUCCGCGAGAUUUGGAGACAGUUUUAUGGGAUGUCAGCUAUACGAAAUUUUUGAUAAAUUCUGAAGGAUGUGGCUAUCCGCCUACCACGAAUUGCAGUAUUUUUGCUCAGCAAUAUGGCUUUCAACACAUUGGAGAACCAUUCCCCUGCUAUUAUAGCCGUGCCUAUCCCGAAGUGGUCAUAGGCCGUUACUCGUGGGAGAACAACCUGUUCCAUCUGCUAUUGUCAUUGAUUAUACCCACGGUGCUGUUCGCCCUGUCCAUCGGUGUGCUGAGUUAUUGGUAUUGUCCCUGUUGCGACAAUGCCUGCAAUAAGUCAUCAAGGGUCUAUGCCGAAAAGUUUCCCACAAAGGAAGACAAACUACUGUGUCACAGUGAUGAUGAGGAUGAAAUGGAAUACUAGACAAAUGCAAAAAAUUCAUUAAAAAAAUAGUAUUAAAUAUACAUAAAAUAGUUUCAACACCUACACUAAAUCAUUUUUAUGUUUUCUUUUUCCUAUUUUAAUUUUGGGUUUUGUAAUAAUUUUAAAAGGAAAUUUUCAAAUAAAAAAGCCAACAAUGACAAAAUCUAAGCACUUAGCCAUCCUCACUUGUAAAGUUAAUUAUUUCCUUUGAAUUUAUAUAGUCUAAUCAAUUAAUUUGUAAUAUUAUUUGUGAAUAUUUACAUAUAUAAUUAAAUUGCUUUUGUUUUAUGUUUCUUUUUUUAGAUUUAGAUUUCACCUUAAGUGCUGUAAAAUUUUAAUUGUAUUUUAUAAUAUAGAAAAAUUUUAUCUGAAAAGGGGCAAUUAAAAAUUGAUAGUUUAUAUAUCUGAAGAAAAAAUUUUAAAUUUUGUUGUGGCAAUUCCAAUAACAUGUUUCCAAUGUCUCAGGAUGACAGUAUGGGGCUAGUUGAGGAAAACCCCAAAAGAGUGGCAGUGCUGAGGCAAAACUUGGGCGACGAAAAACUGUGCCAAUAAUUUGCGUUAUAUUUCAGAUAUAUCAGCCCUGGGUGAACCCAUUUAUGAGAAUUAUCUGGGGUUAAGUACAUGGGGGGAACGCCCCACCCAAACGGGCAUAUACGCCAAUCUGUGCAAUAUGAGGCACAAACGAAAGGUAUUUCGGAGUCGAGUCUGAUAUUAAAAGCAGUUUAAUUUCAGAAGGCCCGGCCGAUCCUCAAAACUCCCGGAAACAGGCAUUUGGACCGAUUGGAUUGGAGUUCACUGCAGAGCAGAGGUUAGUAUUUCUCCCCCAUGACGCUGAAAGCCUGUGUUCGACGCCUGACGAAAACAACAGAAAAAAUGUUCAGCGUUGGUUAUCUCCUCCUAAUGCUGACGACAUUAGUGAGGUAUUUUCCCAUGUAAAAUCUUCUCCCCAAAGAGGUGUCGCACUGCGACAUGUCGCUCGGACACGGUUAUAAAAAGGAGAUUCCUUAUCAAUAAGUCUUACUUAAAUCGGACAGGACUCAUUGAUAUGUGACAAAUUUGCCUUUGUUCUUUAAUGCAAAGUUCAUGGGUAAAUUUGCAUUUGCAAGUACCUAGCAGAAACGCCUCACCCCAAAUGGGCGUAUAGGCCGAUCUGUGCAAUAUGAGACUAAAACGAAAGGUAUUUCGGAGUUGAAUACGAAUCUGAUAUAAAAAGUCGUUAAAUUUCAAGAAACCCGCCCGAUCCUCAAAACCCCUCAAAAUGGACAUGUAGACCGAUUGGAUAGGAAGCCACUAUAGCGCUAAGGUAAGCAUUUCCCCUAUGGCGCUGAAAGUGCGUUGGUUAUCUCCUUCUAAUGCUGACGACAUUUGUGAGGUGUCGCACUGCGAUACGCCGUUCGCACACGGCUAUAAAUAGGAGGCCCCUCAUCAUUGAGCUUAAACUUGAAUCGGACAGCACUCAUUGUGAGAAGUUUUGGCCCGGUUCUUUAAUGGAAUGUUCAUAAGCGAAGCAAGUACCUAAGGGGAACGCCCUACCCCAAACGGGUAUAUACGUUGACCUGUACAAUAUGACACUUAAACGAAAGGUAUUUGGGAGUUGAGUACGAAUCUAAUAAAAAAAGAGGUUAAAUGUCAAUCAAUGUACCCAAAAUCAUCCAAAACGGACAUAUAGGUUAGGUUAGGUUUAAGUGGCAGUUUGCCAUCAAACCCACUUAGACGUUUUCGUCCAUUGUGAUACCAAAAGAACAGAAGAAGGAAGAUGCCUUCUAGUUCCUACCGUUGUACCAUCCAGAUCGCUUUAGAAAGCCCAACAACUUGCGAAUGUUAACAACCGCUAAAUCAGACAGGUUUUCAAAGAAAUAAGAACCUAAAGUGGAACUCCUUAUGACUGCUCGUGCGGAAUACACACACAGAAGGUGUUCUAUAGUCUCUUCUUCUUCGAGGUCCUCACAGCUUCUGCAAAAAUCGUUGCUGGCAACCUUCAGUCUGUCAGCAUGUUUUCUGAUUAGACAGUGAUCUGUCAUGAUGGACACAAUGACUGAGACGUCUAGGCAGUGACAGGAAAGCGGUAGAACUCUUCAAGUCUAGAUUAGGCCACAUAGUGUUGGAAUGCUCACAGCCCCCUCUUUGUGACCAUCUAUCAUUCGUUGUUCACCGGGGCUGGUUUUAGCUUGCAUGUCGCUAGAAUCAUAUCUACAGAUUCCAGUUUCCCUAGAAUGUGUAAGGUAGUUCCUAGUCUCGCAAGCUCGUCUGCUUUAGAAUUCCUUAGGAUAUCACUGUCGUCCGGCACCCAGAACAGGUGAAUUUUGAACUGUUCAGUCAUCUCGUUGAGAGAUCUGGGACAGUCGAGAGCGGUUUUUGUGUUCAGAAAUGCGUUCUCCAGGGAUUUAAUGGCUGUCUGAGAAGAUAUUUAUGCCAAUUGUCGUAAUGGCAUUAUAUCUUAGCCAUUCCACCACUUGCUUAAUUGCAAGGAUAUCUGCUUGAUACACACUGCAGUGGUCGGGUAACCUCUUCGAUAUGACCAGUCCUUGAUCUUUAGAGUACACCUCAAAAAGCCCACUAAACGACCAGGUGUUUAGUUUGGAACCAUCCGUAUAGAAGUCUAUGUUACUUCUAUUACCAGGGAUAUCGUAGUUCCAGUGGUAUAGAACUGUUUUUUUUAAUCAAAAAGCGGCUCAGGUAGGGUAUAAUCUACACUGCCUGGAACAUCGGAUAUUGUAUCAAUAUUAACACAGUGUCCGUAGCCGUCACAUAACCAAAAAAAGCUCCCUUAACCUCAUGGCAGUGGUCACAGCAAUUUGUCCAGCCACAAUGUCUAGAGGCAUUAAAUGUAGCAUUAAAUUCAGUGCAUCACAUGGUGUCGGCUUCAGUGAGGCUGUGAUGCACAAACAAGCCAUCCUUUAGAUCCGGUGGACUAUUGAACAGUAAGUGGACUUUUGAAGCGCCAUUCACCAGACCACAACACAACAUCAUAUAGCAUUAUAUCUCCGACAACUGUUAUAUAAGUUAACCACAUCCUUUCUCCCACUCUUUGUUUGGUCUCUCCAUGCUCAAAGUAUGAGAGCAGUGCAAAUACCGAAUGGUGAGUUUCAGUUUCACACUGGCUUAUUAGAAUGGCAGAGCGACUGCUGCCGAUGGUUGAACUGAGCAUCCAAACAAUGGCCCUUGAAGACGAGACGACUGUUGCAAGGCUGGCCACCUUUUCCCGGGCAGUAUUUCUUAGGAGGCGGACAAGACUAAGUGGAGGGAUGAAUACACGCUAGUUAUCCAUAACGAGGUGUUGCUGUACUGGCGCGACCGAGUGAUUUGGUGCUGGGUGCAUGACGUGGCCUGGCACCUGCCUUGCCCAUGUUGAUGCAGUGGCGUUUGCCCAUUGUCGGUUCCCGUUGCUGUUGUGGUUGUAUUCGGUCACCCGUGAGGGUGGCCGCGUUGAUUGUAAACUCCCAUGUUGCGUUUGUGUAUAUAUUCCUGUUGUAUGUUUGAUGCAUACUUUUGUAUGCUGGCUUGAGGUCGGCUUAGGGCGAUUCUUCUCAUGCAAGGGGACCAGUCCGGAACUGUUUGGGGCUCAACUGGUAGUAGUCUUUUAAGGCUACGAAGUCUGAACGGAGACUUUAAUCUGGUACCACGGGUGUCAGAAGUCCCUGGAACUUUGGCUCCAGCCUGACAAUGGUGAGGCCCCGAUAGGGAGCAACGUGGUAGCUGUGGUUUGUACCCAAAUCGCGGGUAGAGCAUAAGCUCGGAGUGGAGUUGCGUUUUCAACCGGGUGCCGGGACCCAUAGAUCGGAAGGAGUUCUAGGUAGCGCUCCGCUCCUAACCAAGCAGGUGAACACGUCCAAAUACGUGGGAUCAAAUUGGUACUCAUGUGUGGGUUUCCACAUGUGGGGGCGUUGGUAGACGCAUUGUAUUCACCCUUGGGCCUCGCAGGUUUGGGCCGUGAUGGCAGGUAUCUGCGUUUAACUCGACAUUCGUGUGUCGCCCUAAGGCACGCCCUUCGAAAUCGGCUAUAAAAAGGAGUUCCCGUAUCAUUUAGCUUAAACUUGAAUCUGACAGCAACCAUUGAUAGGUGAGUAGAUGGCCUUCUGUUUCCUCAAAAAAAAGUUCGAAAAAAAUAUAACUUCAAGAAAUAAAGUCCAGUUUUUAGAAGUUUGAAACUAACAAAUUUUAAUUGUCCCUUGGAUGAUAGAUACAUAUAUUCCCCAUUAUAAUUCUAGUGACUAUUAUUACAAAUUUAUCACUCCCCAUAACAUUAAAAGUUUACAUACUCUUUGAUUGUAUAAAUAACAACAACAAUACCAACAUAGCGAUACCUAAUACAAAGACAUACAAGAAUAUGUGUAGUUAAAAUGUAAACAAUUCAUGAAUUAAAGAAAAAGAAAAAAACCUUAAAAAUUGUGAUAUACCUGUUUUAGUUGUGUAAUAAUAAUUUUUGUAACAAAAACAAAAAAAAAAAAAACAAAAACAUUUCUACAAAAAUGUAGGCAAUUUGAAAAGCAAAGAACAUAAAAACCAAAAAAUACGCAGGCUUUCAUUUAGAAAAUUUAUGAAAAACAAAAAACAAAAAAUCAUACAAAAACGCUACAAAAAAAAAUCAUUUCAAAGAAAUCCCCAACAAAUACAACAAACAAUCCAUAUUAAAAGAAAAAUAAAACAAAAGUCAGCUGUAUAAAAAUAUUCUAUGUACAACAUGGUUUUCUUGUUACAAUUGGACAAAGAAAAUUCACCAACAAUAAUGUUUAAAUGUAAACCAAUGUCUAUUCACUCUAGCAAUAAAUUGAGGGACAACAAUUUUGAGAAAUUGUAAUAAAAAAACAUAAAAAAUGGAAAAAAAAUAAUAAUAAUAAAAUAAAUAAUUUAUACAGCAAGAAACAAAUGAGAAAAAACAUCAAAUUAGCCUUCAGCUUAAUUUUUUUAUAUAACCAAAUAAGCAAAAAACAAAACUAAACAAAAGCAAUCAACUUUUCAUCUCAAAAUCAAUUUUAUAGCUUUUAUCCAUAUGUUUCACAAGCAAACUAACACAGAAAAAGCAGAUACAAUUUUUAAAUGGUUUUUUUUUUUAAUUUUUCUAAAAUUUUUCUUUCUUUUGGAAUACCAUUAAUCCUAACCAUGAAAAUAUAAUACAUGAUAUUUCUGCCCAUUAUACAAUAAAACGCAAAUGAUAGAUAAGACACCGAAAGAAAUGAGAUGAAAAGUAAAUGAAAUAAAAUGAAAUAAAUUUUUAGCACUUUUUGCUUUUCAAAUUCAUACUUUUUCUCCUCUCCCCCCAUCCUGCCCACUCAAUAAAAAUGCCUGAAAAUUUAUUCCGAUAAAAAAUUAUUUAAAAACAAUCAAUAAAAAAUAAACUGGGAAAUUAAAAGCAAAAUCAACCAAAGUAACUAAAAAGGUUUUAUGUUUAUAAGAACAGAAACUUAAAUAUAAAAUAAUACAUCUUUGAAAAUAAAAACAUCGAA